UGCUCCUGCUCUAAGCACAGACCUAAGUGAGUGGGAUAUCCCUCUCAGCCAAAUGGUUGGCCAAACAACAUCAAAUACUUCAGGGCAGCUCUACCAAGUAAGCCUUCACUUUACAUAUUUACAGCAUCUCAAUUUUCAUUCACGCCCGACUAAUCACUUACUUUUGUGCAGAGAAAAAGAAGGAGAUUACUCCUUGCUGCUGUUGAUGAUAACGAUGCUUCCACUUCUCCUCAACACAUUCAUCAAAUUCCCAGUCCAAUCAGCAAUGUACCCACAGAACCCACUGUACAACCAACUCCACCACCACCUGAAGCAUCGCAACAAACUUCCUUACAACCUGCUUCACAGUCUUCGCCACAGCAAUCUAUACAGUCUGCAUCAUAACAUCCUUCCAUUUCUCCUCAACACAUUGUCCCUUCUGUCUCUAGCCCUCAACCAUCACCAUCCAACCUCUCCAAUUCCCAAACGUCAAACAAAGAAUCACAGAGGAUUGAAUUUGACAUUUCAAUCAACAGCCAAUCCUCUCCAACAGGUGACAACACAAAAUCCCCUCAACCAGAAGUUCACCACAACCAAGGAAUGGACAUAAUACAGGACUCAUCUCCACGACCAAUGGGCGAGACAGAACUUGAAGGUCCUC